AUGGUGCGGGUGAAGAAAAGGGCGUCGAAGCGCGUGUCGACCAAGCAGCGCGAGAAGGUGCAUAAGAAGGUGCGCGAGCACCACCGCAAGCAGCGGAGAGAUGCGAAGAAGAACCCGCAGUGGAAGUCGCGCCGCCGCGAGGACCCCGGCAUUCCGAACAGUUUCCCUUUUAAGGAGGAGCUCCUGAACGAGAUCGAGCAGAAGCGCAGGGUCGCUGCCGAGGAGCGCAUGAUGCGCGAUGACGAGGAGGAGGAGGAAGAGGAAGGGGAGGAGAACGAGGAGGGCGUGCCUGCGCCGGGCUUUGAGGAGCCGCUGAACCUGCCAUUUGCGCCGACGCUCACGACGCCGCUCGACGACGUGCUCCAGAGUAACAAGGAGAUCAAGGCGCUCGUGUACGUGGUCGACGCGCGCGACCCCGCGAGCUUCCAGAGUGCAUGGCUCGAGGAGCAGCUCACGAAAAAGAGCCCGGCCCUGGUGUACGUCCUGUCCAAGGCCGACCUCGUUCCGGCCGAGGUGCUCACGGCUUGGGUGUACCGCCUGCUUUCGUCCAAGCGCCCCGUCUUUCCGGUGGCCACGCCGCCCUCGGCCGCGGCCGCGAUUGGUGUCGACGCGCUCGCCGCGUUCCUCCGUCCCAAGGUGCGCGGCGGUGCGACGGCCGUGAUUGGCCUCGAGAACGCAGGCAAGACGAGUGUCGCGACGGCGCUCCAGGGUGCAUUCCAGGAGGACGAUGGCGAGGAGCAGGUGUUUGACACUCCUGCGCUCCUGUCGUCCAAGACGACGCUGCCGGUCGACAACGACGACGACGACGAAGACGAGGAAGACGAGGAGGAAGAAGUCGAAGAGGAAGUCACCGCUCUCGGCGAGCUCCAGCGCCUCGAGAAGGAGCGCGCCAAGCUGCAGUGGCUCCUCGCACGCAACCAGGGCAACAUGCAGCGCUUCAAGGAUCCCUAUGCACUGAUCCGCACGCUCCUUUCGCGCGUUGCGCAUCCCGAAGACCUUAUGCUUAUCUACGGCACGCCCGCCUUUGGCUCGUUUGUGCCGGCCGAGGCGACGCUCUCGGACGACGCACCGGUCGAGGAGGCGGUGCUGGAGAAGCUGCAGCGUACCGAAGACAAGGCGCAGGCGGAUACCGAGCAGUUCCUUAUUGGCGUCGCCCGCUCGGUCGGCCGCUUGAAGCGCUACGGUGUGCCGGAUAUCCUCAGCGCCGCGCGCGGAAUCCUGCGCGACUGGUCGCAGGCGAGCAUUGGGUACUAUGCCGUGCCGCUCGACCGCCAGAAGCUCGUCGAAGCCAACGGCACCAAGGCCGACAAGGCGCGGUGGGCCGAGGCGCAGGGCAAGGUCGACCAUGUUGCGUCCGCCGUGCUGCCCCGCAAGAUGUGGCGGCAGCAGUGGAAUGGACGCGAGCUGCGUCUGAAGCCGCUGCACGAAGGCCCGAUGGCACACGAUGUCCUUGUCUUUGCUCCGUAUGAGGAGGAGGAGGAGGACGAGGAGGACGAUGAUGACGACGUUCCCGUGUACGCCGAUGACGACGACGAGGAUGAGGAUGAGGACGACGACGACGACGACGACGACGAGGAAGAGGUCGAUGACGAGAUCGACGACGACCUCGACGACGACGACGACGACGACGACGACCUCGACGACGAAGAAGAUGUCCCCGCGCCGCCUCCCAAGCCCGCCGCCAGCAAGAAACGCAACGCGCCGCCUCCCAAGCCUGCCAAGUCGCAAAAGACGGCCAAGCGCGCCCCUGCGCCCGGUGAGGCGUAUGACCUGAAUGCCUACUUCUAG